CCUCCUCCAUUCUCCCAUCAUCGCCAUCAUCGCCAUCGCCAUGACCGACGCCGCAGUCGACACCGCCGUCGACGUCUCGGCCUCGACCGAAAUCGCCGCCGCCAUCGACUCGGCGCCCUCCGUCCCGACGCCCUCCAAGGCCCCGAUCGGCGCCGUGCUCGCCGCCGUGCCCUCCAACGCCGACGCCUUCGCCGCCCACCUGCUGCGAUGCAUCCAGACCCGCGCCGGCGCCGACGCCGUGCUGCAGUUCCUCUGCUACUCCUUCAAGCUGUCCGGGUCGGUGCUCGAGACGCUCAGCCGCAACGCGCUCCGCCAAUCGGCCCAGAAGCUCGUCGCCAUGGCCUUCCAGCUGCCGCCCGCCACGACGGUGGUGCUCUCGUCCGCGCCAGCGCCUCCCGGGGCGGCGUUUGCGCUGAGCCUGGCGAAUAACCUCAAGGCGCUGUCCGGGGUGCUGAGCGAGGCGCGGACCAUCAACCGCCUCUGGGGCCUGCUGGGGCUGUAUUUUGGACUCAAGAGGAUCGUUGCGAGGAUGCGCCCGAAGAAGGUUGAAUCCGAGAAGGAGGGCUCCGUGGCCGUUGUCGAGGCGGCUGCGGCUCCGUUCGAGACCGUCUUCUCCCUCGCUCAGAUCGUCACCCUGAUCCUCUUCCAAGUCUUUGAGAACUUGGCCUUCCUGGGCAGCAAAAAGGCCAUCGACCUCAAGCCCGCCACGAUGGGCAAGUUUGGCCUCCUCAGCGUGCGAUGCUGGGGCACAUACGUCUUCAUGGAGCUCUCCAGGCUGCUGGUGGAGCGCGCCCGCAGCGGCCCCGAAGUCAAGACCGCCGCCUGGGCAAAGACCUGGAACAAGAGCUUCUUCCGCAACUUGGCGUGGGCACCGUUGACGGUUCACUGGAGCAUUCCCGGAGGAGGCCCUUUGCCCGAUGCGCUGGUGGGCUUGUUGGCCAUGUACCCAUCGACGGGACAAAUGGUCGAUCUGUGGCGAGAGACGGCAUAAGGACCAAAAGUUGUUGACUUUUGUUUUCUCUUCUUGAAAAGCCCUGGUGAAAGGGGCGAGUACAUUCUGUUUGUGUUGCCCGAGCGGCUGUGCAACAUACGAUAGACUUGGGGGGGAAAGACUCACAAUACACAGAAAGAAUUGCCUGUCUUACGACACCGUAUAGAUAAACAGCGGGCACGACUAUGCCCCGGAGUAAAUGCUGGUACCAGGUGGGAGAAGUAUGUAGGAGGUAAGCUUGUUGGUCUGUCUUUGCUUCACCGGGGUUUGCAUGUAACAGCUAUGUUAUGUCAUAUACUUUUGUCAUUUAUGUUUAUGAUUUUAUGCAUGUACUUCUUUUUAUAUAUUCAUCUCAUCUAUACUGCUUGAUA